AUGAAUGUUACGGAACGCUCCCCACUUGGCAUGACAGGUGAGGUAGUCAUACGUAUAACAUCAACAAUUCCUGAAGGUCUAAACUACAAGGUUUUUGCAGACAACCUUUUCACUUCUCUAGAUUUGGUGGACCAGUUGAACAAGCGAGGAAUCCUCUAUGUUGGAACAGUGAGGAUGAACAGGCUGAGAGGGUGUAAACUGAAAGACCAGAAGACCCUAAAGAAAGAAGGUCGUGGAAGUAUGGACUCCAAAGUAGAGUUCAACACUGGUGUGAUUGCACUGAGGUGGUAUGACAACCGCACAGUUGAUCUGGUUUCAUCCUAUGUUGGACAGGAACCUGUGCGUGAAGUGAAGCGCUUUGACAGAAAGGAGAAGAAGAAUAUCAUGGUCACCUGUCCCAAGAUAGUACAGGAAUAUAACACAUUCAGGGGAGGAAUAGACCUGCUGAAUUCUCUGACAUUUCUGUACAAACCUGGAGUCAAAUCAAGGAGAUGCUACAUGUACAUCUGGUUCCAUACCCUUCACAUUGCAUUGGUUAAUGCCUGGCUUCGCUACCGCAGACACAGCAAACUUCUUGGUGUCCCUCAUCACAUGAAGCUAUGGACAUUUCAAGGACGCAUAGCUGGCAGUUUGGUGUCCAGGAAGCAGACCGUUGGCCGUCCUCGAGCUACUGACUUCAGUCCUCCACCAUCACGCACAGUAAGACGUGGUCUCUUGCCUGCAGAAGUCCGUUUGGACCAAGUGUCUCACCUUCCUGAGUGGGCCGUCAAACGUGGAUGA